AUGGAAGAAGAACACGUGGAGCCAUUUAAGGAAAGUUCAGAUCUCUGCCAACAACCCAUGGAUUGUCCCUCCCACUUAUAUCACUCGCCUACUUCAUCACCGCCAUCUCUGCUUUUGACGUACGUCACGAAGGCCUUGAAGCCCGUCACCCUCUUUGCCCUUGUUUACUUCAUGAUUAUUGUCCUUUCCCUUGUGUCGCUCAUAACCCCAAAGCCACAUGAGGUGGUUGGAAUCCUCGUCACGAUGCUAACCAGGGAGGAAGAGGCGUUAGGCGCGGCAUGCGUGAGGGUCACAAUGAAGUGCUUAAUGGUUUUGAUUGAGUUUUGUCUAAAUAGUCCAUCAAAACAUGUGGUCUGUGUCAAUAGAAUUGAAGAGAACGAUUGGCCUUAG